GCCACCCAGUAUAAUUAAGUGCUGGCUAGUCGGCCAGUGUUGGCUACAAAUCCAUUCGUUUCGUCCCGUCUGUUGUGUUUUUUGCUAUUGUUAAAGGGGCAUAUGCUUUCCACGCUUUUUUAAGAAAAAGAGUGGACACGAGGUGCAAAGAUAAACUUAAAUAAGUGAAAAAGCUGAGACGUGAAAUUGAAAGUAACUGAGCGAAACGACACGGUGACGGAAAACUGAUCUCUAAAGGAGCAAAGGGCAAGUAAACGAGAAUCGUUCGCCCUAGAAAUCAUGGCACACGUGGAGGUUCCGAUGGGGGAGAUGCAAGCUCCGCCUGUAGAAAAGCAUACAGCUACGAACGGCUUUGAAUUUCUGCAGCUACCUCAGCUACCACUUGGGCAGAUAGGCUAUCCUCAAGCUCACAACUGGAUCGAGCACAGAAAAGCGAAUGUUCGGCCAUGGUCGUUGUUUCUGAACACAAACAAUAUCAGACCACCACCUAAUAUAAGCAGACUGGGUAAACGGAUUGUGAAGAACAUUGAGUAUUUCCAAAGCAAUUAUCUGUUUGUGUUUAUUGGACUCGUGAUAUAUUGCUUACUCACCUCACCUCUGUUGUUGCUGGCAGUUGUCGCUUAUCUCGGAAUAUGUUAUAAACUGUCUCAGCGGCAUUCGAGGCAGGAACUAAUGAUAUUUAAUCACAGAUUGACCCUGGUGCAAGUGUACUCUCUGGUUGGAAUCUGCUCACUGCCUGUAUUUUUUCUAGUUGGGGCGCAUGCAGCUGUCUUUUGGGUACUUGGAGUCUCUUGGUUUAUGAUAACACUUCAUGCUGCCUUUUAUAAUAUUGACGCAGUAUUGUGUCCAGGAGAGGAGGAACUCAAUGCAUUAGUUAUGCAGGAAGUAUGAUUACAAAAGACUUAAUUUAUCACUAAAAAGAUAAUUCCUUCCUUUAAUCUCUCUAAAAAAUAUUCAGGAUAUUGAUUUUGUUUAUUUUGUAUACGUUUAGAUAGUGAAAUGUGAAUGAUUUAUACAAAAACUAUAUACAAUUACAUAUUAUUUAAUAAUUUGAUGUUACCUCCUGUACAUAAUGUAUAUAUUUAUAUAAAUAUGUAUUAAAGGUAUCUAUUCAUGUAACCGCAUAUCUUAAUAAUAAGUAUUUUACUAAAUACAUGGCAAACGUGUUUAUAGAAUAGUGAGCACAUCGGCGAAUAAAACAUACAUUUCUUGCACAAGCGCAUAAUUAUAUGUAAAUAUAUUUGUAUGAGGAAUGUAGAACAUUUUCAUGGCUCGCUUAAAUUAGUAACAGAAUUUGAAAAAUAUUUGAUACGAGUUGAACGCUUUGUACACAGAUUUUAAAUAAAUUUCCAAGUUAAUGAAGUAG